AUGCCUACUUUUGAUACAUCACUCAUUGCGCCAAGAGCUACAUUAACUCCUCUUAACGAGGAGUUGGAGGGAAGAAGAAAGGAUUUAGGGCAAAGUAGUACUGACAUACCGGAAAAUACCCUUCUAAAAGAUGCCAAUAGGCUUCUUGGGAUUGUUCUAGAGCUCUGCCCGGAACACACCAACACGAACAUCAAGCAGAAGGAAAGAAUAAAAAUAAGAGAAAGUGUAGCAAAACUUUUCGGCUAUUUGCACGAGAUGCACGCCAUAGUCAAGGAAGUAAGAAAGAAUACCAAACCACAACAAAACGAGAUACAACCAACAUACAGUGAAGUAACGAAAAGAAAUAUAAGACCGAGUGAAACAACAAGGAAGAUAAAAAGAUCAUUAGAUCAGAAAAUAAACAUUGAGGGCACAGGAGGCUCACACGCAGUGCUUCUGUACCCAAAAGAACAGGAGGACGGCAAACUGAUAAAUAUGAACGAGGUAACUGAAGAACUCAAAAAUAAAAUAGAACCACAGAAGUUAAAAACCAAGAUUACAACAGUGAAAGAGAUAAGGGAUAAAGGACUGUGUAUAAGAGUAGGGAAUAGGAACCAGAGUAAAAUUCUGGAAAGAGCCAUAAACGAAAUACCGGACAUGAAUAGUAAAAUAAUAUGUAAAAAAUCGGAGGGACGUCGGCCAAGAGUAAUACUCCUAAAUGUCCCACAAGCAAUACCAGAGGAAAAAAUACUGACAUACGUUCACAGUCAAAAUAAUAUCUGGAACGAAAUAGAGUUAGAAAAAUUUAAGGAGGAGUGCAGAAUAAGCACGAUAAUAACCAGAGGAAAUCAAAAACCAAACUGUAGACACGUGGUUUUGUCCGUAACAUCACAAAUAAUAAACAUUUUCAUUAGAGAGAAACACAUAUCCAUGGACUGGGCAACGAUAAAGGUAGACGAUUCUGUACCAAUUUUAAGAUGUUACAGAUGUUGUGGAACAGGGCACAAGGCAAGAACCUGCACUAAUAAACAACAUUGCAGUCACUGUGGUAAGGACCAUAAAUUCUUAAAGUGUGACAGAUUAAGGGAACCACCAUGCUGUAUUAACUGUCACAAUGAAAACAAACAACAAACUAAUGAUAAAAAAAAUCCGACAAAUAAUAGUGCCUUACACCCGAACUGCCCAAUAGCAAAAAGAAUAGAAACGUAG